AUGGCUUUCCGCUUCUGUCAACCUUUUCUCUUCGGAGUUUUGCUUGUUGCUUUGGUUCUGACAUCAGUACCAGAAGCAGUAACAGGGUUAACUGAUCCAGGGCUUCAAUGCUCAGGGCUAUGCACUACACAUUGCAAUGCAGUUUGCACUCACAAGGGAUUUAAGACUGGCUUCUGUCUCAAACAAGGCUCUCUCAAUCUUUGUUGCUGUUCAUGA